CCGGCUCUCUCCUCAUGGCUUCUCCGCAGAAAAAUCCGCGACACAUUUUGUCAGCAGCCACCGAGCAUGGGUCCCUUUGGUAAUAGAAUAGCCAAUGUAAUUUGACACUUCAACUUACUGCGCUCUCUCCGAGUCUAUUCAGUUACUCACCCACUGACGUUGAGCCCAUUCUCAGUGGCCGUGAGGGGGGAAGAUAUUUAAAAACAAGAGCCGAAAAUUACCGAGGACUUUCUCCGCUUUGUAACCCGGGGCAGAAGACGUGAGGCGCUGAAGUGUUUCUCCUCCUGGUGUGUGAAUGGGUGGGGGGGUCCUGCGUGGUGGAGAAUCAAGGAUUGAAGUCAUCACAGAACGCUUCAGUUUAAUGGCUGGCAGGUAGAGGCCGAAGAGGGACAAUCAACAUGAACUCCAUUCCGUCUAUGGACAGACACAUACAGCAGACAAAUGACCGUCUGCUGUGCAUCAAACAGCACUUACAAAAUCCAGCAAAUUUCCACACAGCAGCGACAGAGUUGCUGGACUGGUGUGGUGACCCCCGAGCCUUCCAGCGCCCCUUCGAGCAAAGCCUGAUGGGAUGCCUAACGGUGGUCAGCCGGGUAGCAGCGCAGCAAGGCUACGACUUGGACCUGGGCUACCGGCUCCUGGCCGUGUGCGCUGCCAACAGGGACAAGUUCACUCCAAAAUCAGCAGGUUAUGAGGAAAGCGAGGUUGUGCAGUUGCCUCAGUGUGUUCGGCCUCUGCGCUGA